AAUCCCCUUUUACCCGUUCCUUCGUUUAUCUACUGAUUCGCGUCUUCAUCUUCAUCAAUUUAACCUAAAUCUCUGUUCCACCCCAAAUCGAAAACCCUAGAUAAUGGAUCUUCUGAAGCAGGAGCUUCUCAAGAAACGCCAAUCCCUUGCCGAAGAAACCGGCGGCAAGAAAUUCUUCAAGCGCUCCGAGAUCCAACAGAAACAAAUCCAGAAACUCCGCGAACAAGAGAAGCGCGAAUUGGAAGCCAAAUCUCUAAAACGCCCCUCCGAUACUUCCGCCACCGCACCAUCCGCCUCCGCCUCCGCCUCCGCCUCCACCGACGCCACCUCCACACCCACCAACGAGCAGAACAUCGACAACCUCGUCCUCCCUAAACAAGAAGUCAUCCGCCGCCUCCGCUUCCUCAAGCAGCCCGUCACCCUCUUCGGCGAAGACGACGACGCCAGGCUCGACCGUCUCAAGCACGUUCUCAAGACCGGGCUCUUUGAGGUCGAUAGCGAUAUGACUGAGGGGCAGACCAACGAUUUCCUCCGCGAUAUUGCUGAGCUCAGGAAGCGGCAGAAGACCGGGAUCAUGAGUGAUAGGAAGCGCCAGAAGCCUGACGAUGGCGCGGCGGAAGCGCGAGAAGGCGGUGAUGAUGAUGAUCUUAGUGAAGGGUCCAGUGGUCCUGAUGCUGAUAAGGAUUUGAAGCGGAUGAAGGCGAAUUUCGAUGAGUUGUGUGAUGAGGAUAAGAUUCUGGUGUUUUUCAAGAAGCUUUUGAAUGAGUGGAAACAGGAACUGCAUGAGAUGCCUGAGGCGCAGAGGCGAACUGCGAAAGGGAAGUCCAAUGUGGCAACGUUCAAGCAGUGUGCGCGUUAUUUGAACCCCCUAUUCAGGUUUUGUAGGAAGAAGGUUCUUGGUGAUGACAUUCGACAGGCGCUAAUGUUGAUGGUUGAUUGCUGUAUGAAGCGAGAUUAUCUAGCUGCAAUGGACCAUUAUAUCAGGCUAGCCAUCGGGAAUGCCCCCUGGCCUAUUGGUGUCACUAUGGUUGGUAUUCAUGAAAGAUCCGCCCGUGAAAAGAUCUACACCAAUAGUGUUGCUCACAUCAUGAAUGAUGAGACAACUCGCAAGUACUUGCAAUCGGUGAAGAGAUUAAUGACAUUUUGCCAACGCCGAUACCCAACAUUGCCAUCUAAAGCAGUUGAGUUUAACAGUUUGGCAAAUGGUAGUGAUUUGCAGUCACUUCUAGCUGAAGAAAGAUUGAAGGGGGGCAACCAGACAUCUGAGGAGAGACUUAGGAUAAUGCCUGCCCCAAGAGAGAGCUAGGCCUCUGUUUUGUUUCCCCUGAAAUGUCAUUGUCAUGUGUUAUUUCUGUCUACAAUAGACUUGUAAUGGGUUUGACAUGUUCUUGGGCCUUGCUAUGGCUGCAGUUUUACAGACCAACAAGAUUGCCCUUUACAGCCUGUUUAUGUUUUUAUUUCUGUUUCUUCUCAAGUGAUUGUAUAAAAGGAAUGUAUCUGUGAAAAUGGGGGAGAACGUGUUAAAUUCUGAUUUGUCUACACCGGCCAUUAUUUUUAUUCAGAGCUUGUCCCUUGUUCAAGUUCA